GCUUCCUGAAACCGCUGCUGCAGAGGAGGCGAAGAUGGGGAUAUUGAAUCCCGUGUUGUUGCAAGUCGGCUCGCUCAUCUGCAGCGUCGCAGUCGCAACAUUCGUGAGUUCUGCCUGAUUUCCGUAAUCUGGUCUCCAUUCACCAUUCCUCUCUGUCUGUGUGUGCGUGUUUUGUGUGCUUGCAGGCUGUGUUUCGGCUGAUCGGCUUGGGCGGCUUCAAUGUGACGGUGCUGGUGGUGUCGCUGUUCCAGCUGCUGUCUGGCGUGCUGCUGUUUGUGGCCGACUUCAGAGCCCUUGAGGUCUUCGGCUACAUCAAAUUCAUCUACACGGGUACAAGCGGUGGACACGGCCACACACAUACACACAUAGGGGCGGUGACUGACUGUGUGAAGUGUCUGUUUGUUUUGCGCCAGCGACUGGCCGCGGCGGCUUGAUGGUGUUGCUGGGUGCGCUGUGCCUGGGGAGGAGCCCAUGGGAGAUCAUUGUCGGCGUCGCUUUAAUGUUUAUCGGCGUCCUGUUCUUCCUAUUCGCAUGCGUCACAAAGGGUGCGCACCGGAGCCAGGCCCUGUGUGCUGUGGGCCGAUGUGCUCGUGAAUCUGUCUGUGUGAGUGUGAUAUGUGUCAGGGGUGCCGAAGCCGAUUUUACAGAGGAAUGAGUUGACGAUAACUCUGGGCGGUGAUGUGUACUUCGUUGACUCGAGCGGUGCACAGACAGCGACGGUGGGCGGGGCACCGGCGGCUGGAGGGGUUGGACACACGGCGUUCUGAUGGCACACACACAACGAAUGAAGGGAAGAGG